AUGGCAUUCUUUUCCUCGAGAACUUCCUUGCCCAGGUCGAAUACCCCACCACAAACAUCCUCAGCUGCAGAUAAUGACUGUCCAGGACCAUCUCGUCCCAGUGGCUUUCAGCCGCCCAGGUAUUCAAUGGAUGGCGUAUCGUUGGUGGACCCCAAUGAAGAUCUCCCCCCAGCCCCGCCACGGUAUUCCAUGAUUGUACAACAUCGUCGCUCAAGCAAUGAUACGCAAACGAGACGAAACCCUACCCCAUCCCCUUCGGAGACCAAGCACGAGUACCAUAUAAGCCACAAGAAUAAAGUGUGGGCGAUUCUCACCGUUUUUAGUCGACCGUCUAUCCUUACACAUGCAUUCCCCCGAUUUUAUGGAAACGACCCUGUUUCUGGCACAGUCGACCUUAAUCUAGACAGCCCGCAAACAAUCAACUCAAUUACAAUUUCUCUCCGAGGUCGAGUCAAAACGGGUUCAUCCCGUGAAGGCUCGUACACCUUCCUCGAUCAAUCCAUACUCAUCUGGAGUCGACAUUCUGGGGAUAUACGGCAUUCAAGUGCAGCUAGCGGCCAGAAAUUCGACGGAAAGUCAUCUGGAACGUACUCCUGGCCAUUCACCGUUCCAUUCCCAAAGGAAGUAGCCAUUGCAGGGCAUGAUGAAGUUUUCCCUAUACCUCAGACCUUCCUCGAGCGUGGGGUUGAUGCAAGUGUGCAGUAUGAACUAAUCUUACGCGUGGCACAUGGGGUCUUGCGUCGUGAUAGCAAGUGUGUUUUGAUCUUGUUCUCGGUGACCGCAACUGAAAUGCAUAGAUUGCAGGCUGGCAUUGUUUACAUCCCCGAUAUAACUGCAGAACCAGCUUCCUCCCUUCGUCAACGCGCGUAUUUGGAAGGUUACUUGGUACCCUCUCCAGCGGAUGAUCCUUUGGGUUGGGUUGCGAAGCCCCAGGUUUUAAUUACUGGGUCAUUAAAUUGCAACUUUGUAGGCUUAGAAUGCACUCUCUUUAUCGCAAAUCCCCAAUGUUUUGCCCGUGGAACAGUCAUCCCUUGUUACAUACGGAUCUAUACAGAAAAUUCGGUGGCUCUCGAGCUCCUGGCUACUUCAGACAGCAUCAACGUCAAACUCGUCAGAAGGGUUAAAUACUAUCAAGAUCCUGAGCAAGCAGCGUCACAUUACCGUGCCAGAGCCGCCAGCAAACAGCUGAAAGAGUCAGGGGUAUUUGAAGUCGUCCAGGAAACAGCGAGAGCUGUAUGGUGGUCGCCUCCAAGACUUGUCGCUGAGCAAGGCUGUACCCGUGAGAUGGCUGGUGAGAUACAUCUGGCGGAGGAUUUGCAGCCUUCAUGUUCGUUUUUCCCUUUCAAUGUUUUGUAUGCCGUUGAACUCCAUCCGUUUGAUCUGUCCACCUUUCGAGUCAACUCAAAGCAGGGGGCAUCAGUUUCCCAUUCUGUUGGAAUAGCUACUUUGCACAGCGAGGGUCCAGUGCCAGUCUCAUUUACACAUCCACGUCGGGUUUUAUGA